AUGGACGUGGACGUGGACGUGGACGUUGACGUGGUCGUGGACGUGGACGUGGUCGUGGACGUGGACGUGGACUUGGACGUGGACGUGGACGUGGACGUGGACGUGGACGUGGCCGUGGACGUGGACGUGGACGUGGACAUGGCCCUGGACGUGGACGUGGACGUGGAUGUGGACCUGGACAUGGUCGUGGACGAGGGCGUGGACGUAGACGUGGACGUAGACGUGGACAUGGACUUGGACGUGGACGUGGACGUGGACGUGGACAUGGCCCUGGACGUGGAUGUGGACAUGGUCGACGUAGACGUGAACAUGGAGGACGUGGACGUGGAGGACUUGGAUGUGGACGUGGACGUGGACGUGGACGUGGACAUGGACCUGGACUUGGACGUGGACGUGGACGUGGACGUGGACGUGGACGUGGUCGUGGACGUGGACGUGGACGUGGUCGUGGACGUGGAGGUAGACGUGGACGUGGACGUGGAGGACGUGGACGUGGAGGACGUGGACGUGGACGUGGACGUGGACGUAGACAUGGUCGUAGACGUGGACGUGGUCGUAGACGUGGACGUGGACGUGGAGGACGUGGACUUGGAGGACGUGGACAUGGACGUGGACGUGGACCUGGUUGUAGACGUGGACGUGGUCGUGGACGUGGACGUGGACGUGCACGUGGACCUGGACCUGGACGUGGACAUGGACCAGGACUUGGACGUGGACGUGGACGUGGACGUGGACGUGGUCGUGGACGUGGACGUGGACGUCGACGUGGUGGUGGACGUGGACGUGGACGUGGAGGUGGACGUGGACGUUGACGUGGACGUGGACAUGGUCGUGCACGUGGACGUGGACGUGGACGUGGACGUGGACGUGGACGUGGACAUGGACCAGGACUUGGACGUGGACGUGGACGUGGACAUGGACCAGGACUUGGACGUGGACGUGGACGUGGACGUGGACGUAGUCGUGGACGUGGACGUGGACGUGGACGUGGUCGUGGACGUGGACGUGGACGUGGACGUGGACGUGGACGUGGACGUUGUUGUGGUCGUGGACGUGGACGUGGACGUGGACGUGGACGUGGACGUGGACCUGGACCUGGACAUGAACGUGGACGUGGACGUAGACGUGGACGUGGACGUGGUCGUGGACGUGGACGUGGACGUGGACGUGGACUUGGACGAAGACAUGGAGGACGUGGACGUGGACGUAGACGUGGACGUGGACGUGGACGUAGACGUGGACGUGGACGUGGACUUGGACGUGGACGUGGACGUUGACGUGGAUGUGGACGUGGAUGUGGACUUGGACGUGGACGUGGACGUGGACGUGGACGUGGACGUGGACGCGGACGUGGACGUGCACGUGGACGUGGUCAUGGACGUGGACGUGGACCUGGACGUGGACGUGGACAUGGACGUGGACAUGGUCGUGGACGUUGACCUGGAUGUGGACGUGGACUUGGACGUGGACGUGGACGUGGACGUGGACGUGGACGUGGUCGUGGACGCAGACGUGGACGUGGACUUGGACGUGGACGUGGACGUGGACGUGGAGGACGUGGACGUGGACGUGGAGGACGUGGACGUGGAGGACGUGGACGUGGACGCGGACGUGGUCGUGGACGUGGACGUGGACGUGGACGUGGAGGUGGACGUGGACGUGGAGGACGUGGACGUGGAGGACGUGGACGUGGACGCGGACGUGGUCAUGGACGUGGACGUGGACGUGGACUUGGACGUGGACGUGGACGGGGACGUGGACGUGGACGUGGACGUGGAGGACGUGGACGUGGACGUGGAGGACGUGGACGUGGAGGACGUAGACGUGGACGUGGACAUGGACGUGGUCGUGGACGUGGACGUGGACGUGGUCGUGGACGUGGACGUGGACGUGAUCGUGGUCGUGGACGUGGACGUGGACGUGGACGUGGACGUGGACGUGGACCUGGACCUGGACAUGAACGUGGACGUGGACGUAGACGUGGACGUGGACGUGGUCGUGGACGUGGACGUGGACGUGGACUUGGACGAAGACAUGGAGGACGUGGACGUGGACGUAGACGUGGACGUGGACGUGGACGUGGACGUAGACGUGGACGUGGACGUGGACUUGGACGUGGACGUGGACGUUGACGUGGACGUGGACGUGGACGUGGAGGACGUGGACGUGGACGUGGAGGACGUGGACGUGGAGGACGUAGACGUGGACGUGGACGUGGUCGUGGACGUGGACGUGGACGUGGACGUGGACAUGGUCGUGGACGUGGACGUGGACGUGGUCGUGGACGUGGACGUGGACGUGGACGUGGACCUGGACCUGGACGUUGACAUGGACCUGGACUUGGACGUGGACGUGGACGUGGACGUGGACGUGGUCGUGGACGUGGACGUGGUCGUGGACGUGGAGGUGGACGUGGACGUGGAGGUGGACGUGGACGUGGACAUGGACGUGGACGUGGAGGUGGACGUGGACAUGGACGUGGACGUGGAGGUGGACGUGGACGUGGACGUGGAGGUGGACGUGAACGUGGACGUGGUCGUGGACGUGGACGUGGACGUGGACGUGGUCGUGGACGUGGACGUGGACGUGGACGUAGACGUGGACGUGGACGACGUGGACGUGGACGUGGACGUUGACGUGGACGUGGACGUGGACGUGGACGUGGUCGUGGGCGUGGACGUGGACAUGGUUGUGGACGUCAACGUGGACGUCAACGUGGACGUGGACGUGGUCGUGUACGUAGACGUGGACGUGGACGUGGACGUGGACGUGGACGUGGACGUGGACAUGGACGUGGACGUGGUCGUGGACGUGGACGUGGACGUGGACAUGGACGUGGACGUGGACGACGUGGACGUGGACGUGGAGGACGUGGACGUGGAGGACGUGGACGUGGACCUGGACGUGGACGUGGUCGUGGACGUGGACGUGGACGUGGUCAUGGACGUGGACGUGGACGUGGACGUGGACUUGGACGUGGACGUGGACGGGGACGUGGACGUGGACGUGGAGGACGUGGACGUGGACGACGUGGACGUGGACGUGGACGUGGACUUGGACGAAGACGUGGACGUGGACGUGGACGUAGACGUGGUUGUGGACGUGGACGUGGACGUGGACGUGGACAUGGAGGACGUGGACGUGGACGUAGACGUGGACGUGGACAUGGACGUGGACGUGGUCGUGGACGUGGACGUGGACGUGGACGUGGACUUGGACGUGGACGUGGACGUGGAUGUGGACGUGGACGUGGCCGUGGACGUGGACGUGAACGUGGACAUGGCCCUAGACGUGGACGUGGACGUGGACGUGGACAUGGACGUGGACGAGGACGUGGACAUGGACGUGGACGUGGACGUGGACGUGGCCUUGGACGUGGACGUGGACGUGGACGUGGACGUCGACAUGGCCCUGGACGUGGACGUGGACGUGGACGUGGACGUGGACGUGGACUUAGACGUGGACGUGGACGUGGACGUGGAGGACGUGGACGUGGACGUGGAGGACGUGGACGUGGAGGACGUGGACGUGGACCUGGACGUGGACGUGGUCGUGGACGUGGACGUGGACGUGGACGUGGUCAUGGACGUGGACGUGGACGUGGACGUGGACGUGGACUUUGACGUGGACGUGGACGGGGACGUGGACGUGGACGUGGACGUGGACGUGGAGGACGUGGACGUGGACGUAGAGGACGUGGACGUGGAGGACGUAGACGUGGACGUGGACGUGGACGUGGUCGUGGACGUGGACGUGGACGUGGUCGUAGACGUGGACGUGGACGUGGUCGUGGACGUGGACGUGGACGUGGACAUGGACGUGGACGUGGACGUGGACGUGGACGACGUGGACGUCGACGUGGACGUGGACGUGGACGUGGACGUGGACGACGUGGACGUGGACGUUGAGGACGUGGACGUGGAGGACGUCGACGUGGACGUGGACGUGGACGUGGUCGUGGACGUGGACGUGGACGUGGACAUGGUCGUUGACGUGGACGUGGACGUGGUCGUGGACGUGGACGUGGACGUGGACGUGGACCUGGACCUGGACGUGGACAUGGACCUGGACUCGGACGUGGACGUAGACGUGGUCGUGGACGUGGACGUGGACGUGGACGUGGACUUGGACGUGGACCUGGACGUGGACGUGGACGUAGACGUGGUCGUGGACGUGGACGUGGAGGUGGACGUGGCCGUGGACGAGGACGUGGACGUGGACAUAGCCCUGGACGUGGACGUGGACGUGGACCUGAACAAGGACGUGGACGAGGACGUGGACGUGGACGUGGAUGUGGACGUGGACUUGGACGUGGACGUGGACGUGGACGUGGACAUGGCCCUGGACGUGGAUGUGGACGUGGUCGUGGACGUGGACGUGGUCGUGGACGCAGACGUGGACGUGGACGUGGACGUGGACUUGGACGUGGACGUGGACGUGGAGGACAUGGACGUGAACGUGGAGGACGUGGACGUGGAGGACGUGGACGUGGACGUGGAUGUGGACGUGGUCGUGGACGUGGAUGUGGUCGUAGACGUGGACGUGGACGUGGUCGUGGACGUGGACGUGGACGUGGACGUGGACGUGGACCUGGACGUGGACGUGGACGUGGACGUGGUCGUGGACGUGGACGUGGACAUGCACGUGGACGUGGACGUGGACGUGGUCGCGGACAUUGACGUGGACGUGGGCGUUGACGUGGACCUGGUCGUGGACGUGGACGUGGACGUGGACGUGGACGUGGAGGACGUGGACGUGGACGUCGACGUGGACGUGGACGUGGUCGUGGACGUGGACAUGGUCGUGGACGUGGACGUGGACGUGGACGUGGACGUGGACCUGGUCGUGGACGUGGACGUGGACGUGGACGUGGUCGCAGACGUUGACGUGGACGUGGACGUUGACGUGGACGUAGACGUCGACGUGGACUUGGACGUGGACGUGGAUGUGGACGUGGACGUGGACGUGGACGUGGAAGUGGACGUGGACGUGGACAUGGCCCUGGACGUGGACGUGGACGUGGACGUGGACGUGGACGUGGUCGUGGACGUCGACGUGGACGUGGACGUGGUCGUGGACGUAGACGUGGACGUGGACGUGGACUUGGACGUGGACGUGGAUGUGGAUGUGGACAUGGAGGACGUGGACGUGGACGUGGAGGACGUGGACGUGGAGGACGUGGACGUGGACGUGGACGUGGACAUGGUCGUGGACGUGGACGUGGACGUGGUGGAUGUGGACGUGGACGUGGACGUGGACGUCGACGUGGACGUGGUCGUGGACGUCGACGUGGACGUGGACGUGGUCGUGGACGUGGACGUGGACGUGGACGUGGUCAUGGACGUGGACGUGGACGUGGACGUGGUCGUGGACGUGCACGUGGAGGACGUGGACGUGGACGUGGAGGACGUGGACGUGGAGGACGUGGACGUGGACGUGGACGUGGUCGUAGACGUGGACGUGGUCGUAGACGUGGACGUGGACGUGGUCGUGGACGUGGACGUGGACGUGGACGUGGACCUGGACCUGGACCUGGACGUGGACAUGGACGUGGACGUGGACGUGGACGUGGAGGACGUGGACGUGGACGUGGAGGACGUGGACGUGGAAGACGUGGACAUGGACGUGGACGUGGACGUGGACAUGGUCGUAGACGUGGACGUGGUCGUAGACGUGGACGUGGACGUGGAGUACGUGGACGUGGAGGACGUGGACGUGGACGUGGACGUGGACCUGGUCGUAGACGUGGACGUGGUCGUGGACGUGGACGUGGACGUGGUCGUGGACGUGGACGUGGACGUGGACCUGGACCUGGACGUGGACAUGGACCUGGACUUGGACGUGGACGUGGACGUGGACGUGGACGUGGUCGUGGACGUGGACGUGGACGUGGAUUUGGACGUGGACGUGGACGUGGAGGUGGACGUGGACGUUGACGUGGACGUGGACAUGGUCAUGGACGUGGACGUGGACGUGGACUUGGACGUGGACGUGGACGUGGACGUGGACGUGGUCGUGGACGUGGACGUGGACGUGGAGGACGUGGACGUGGACGUGGACGUGGUCGUGGACGUGGACGUGGUCGUAGACGUGGACGUGGACGUGGACGUUGACGUGGACGUGGACGUGGACGUAGACGUGGUCGCGGACGUUGACGUGGACGUGGACGUAGACGUUGACGUGGACGUGGACGUUGACGUGGACCUGGUCGUGGACGUGGACGUGGACGUGGAGGACGUGGACGUGGACGUAGACGUGGACGUGGAUCUGGACGUGGACGUGGACGCGGACAUGGUCGUGGACGUGGACGUGGACGUGGACAUCGACGUGGUCGUGGACGUGGACGUGGACGUGGACGUGGACGUGGACGUGGACGUGGUCGCGGACGUUGAUGUGGACGUGGACGUUGACGUGGACGUGGACGUGGACGUGGACUUGGACGUGGACGUGGAUGUGGACGUGGACGUGGACGUGGACGUGGAAGUGGACGUGGACGUGGACAUGGCCCUGGACGUCGACGUGGACCUGGACGUGUUCGUUGACGUGGACGUUGACGUGGACGUGGACGUGGUCGUGGACGUGGACGUGGACGUGGACUUGGACGUGGACGUGGACGUGGACGUGGAGGACGUGGACGUGGACGUGGAGGACGUGGACGUGGAGGAUGUGGACGUGGACGUGGACGUGGACGUGGACGUGGACAUGGACGUGGACGUGGACGUGGACGUGGUCGUGGACGUCGACGUGGACGUGGACGUGGACGUGGUCGUGGACGAGGACGUGGACGUGGACGUGGACGUGGUCGUGGACGUGGACGUGGACGUGGACGUGGAGGUGGACGUGGACGUGGACGUGGAGGACGUGGACGUGGAGGACGUGGACGUGGACGUGGACGUGGACAUGGUCGUGGACGUGGACGUGGUCGUAGACGUGGACGUGGACGUGGUCGUGGACGUGGACGUGGAGGUGGACGUAAACGUGGACGUGGACCUGGACGUGGACAUGGACGUGGACGUGGACGUGGACGUGGAGGACGUGGACGUGGACGUGGAGGACGUGGACGUGGAAGACGUGGACGUGGACGUGGACGUGGACAUGGUCGUAGACGUGGACGUGGUCGUAGACGUGGACGUGAUCUUGGAGGACGUGGACGUGGAGGACGUGGACGUGGACGUGGACGUGGACCUGGUCGUAGACGUGGUCGUGGACGUGGACGUGGUCGUGGACGUGGACGUGGACCUGGACCUGGACGUGGAGAUGGACGUGGACUUGGACGUGGACGUGGACGUGGACGUGGACGUGGACGUGGUCGUGGUCGUGGACGUGGACAUGGUCGUGGUCGUGGACGUGGACGUGGACGUGGACGUGGUCGUGGACGUGGACGUGGACGUCGACGUCGACGUGGACGUGGACGUGGACGUGGUCGUGGACGUGGACGUGGUCGUGGUCGUGGUCGCGGACGUUGACGUGGACGUGGACGUUGACGUGGACGUGGACGUGGACGUGGACUUGGACGUGGACGUGGAUGUGGACGUGGACGUGGACGUGGACGUGGAAGUGGACGUGGACGUGGACAUGGCCCUGGACGUCGACGUGGACCUGGACGUGUUCGUUGACGUGGACGUUGACGUGGACGUGGACGUGGUCGUGGACGUGGACGUGGACGUGGACUUGGACGUGGACGUGGACGUGGACGUGGAGGACGUGGACGUGGAGGACGUGGACGUGGAGGAUGUGGACGUGGACGUGGACGUGGACGUGGACGUGGACAUGGACGUGGACGUGGACGUGGACGUGGUCGUGGACGUCGACGUGGACGUGGACGUGGACGUGGUCGUGGACGAGGACGUGGACGUGGACGUGGACGUGGUCGUGGACGUGGACGUGGACGUGGACGUGGAGGUGGACGUGGACGUGGACGUGGAGGACGUGGACGUGGAGGACGUGGACGUGGACGUGGACGUGGACGUGGACGUGGUCGUGGACGUGGACGUGGAGGUGGACGUAAACGUGGACGUGGACCUGGACGUGGACAUGGACGUGGACGUGGACGUGGACGUGGAGGACGUGGACGUGGACGUGGAGGACGUGGACGUGGAAGACGUGGACAUGGACGUGGACGUGGACGUGGACAUGGUCGUAGACGUGGACGUGGUCGUAGACGUGGACGUGAUCUUGGAGGACGUGGACGUGGAGGACGUGGACGUGGACGUGGACGUGGACCUGGUCGUAGACGUGGUCGUGGACGUGGACGUGGUCGACGUGGACAUGGACGUGGACGUGGUGGUGGAUGUGGACGUUGACGUGGAGGUGGACGUGGUCGUGGUCGUGGACGUGGACAUGGUCGUGGUCGUGGACGUGGACGUGGACGUGGACGUGGUCGUGGACGUGGACGUGGACGUCGACGUCGACGUGGACGUGGACGUGGACGUGGUCGUGGACGUGGACGUGGUCGUGGUCGUGGUCGUGGACGUGGACAUGGUCGUGGACGUGGACGUGGACGUGGACGUCGACGUGGCCGUGGACGUGGACGUGGACGACGUGGACAUGGACGUUGACGUGGACGUGGAUAUGGACUUGGACGUGGACGUGGACGUGGACGUGGACGUCGACAUGGCCCUGGACGUGGACGUGGACGUGGUCGUGGACGUGGACGUGGACAUGGACGUGGUCGUGGACGCAGACGUGGACGUGGACGUGGACGUGGACUUGGACGUGGACGUGGACGUGGACGUGGAGGACGUGGACGUGGACGUGGAGGACGUGGAUGUGGAGGACGUGGACGUGGUCAUGGACGUGGACGUGGUCGUAGACGUGGACGUGGACGUGGUCGUGGACGUGGACGUGGACGUAGACCUGGACCUGGUCGUGAACGUGGACGUGGAGGACGUGGACGUGGACGUGGAGGACGUGGACGUGGACGUGGAGGACGUGGACGUGGAGGACGUAGACGUGGACGUGGACGUGGACGUGGAUGUGGACGUGGACUUGAACGUGGACGUGGACGUGGACGUGGACGUGGCCGUGGACGUGGACGUGGACGUGGGCGUGGUCGUGGUCGUGGACGUGGACGUGGACGUGGAGGACGUUGACGUGGACGUGGAGGACGUGGACGAGUACGUAGACGUGGUCGUGGACGUGGACGUGGACGUGGUCGUGGACGUGGACGUGGACAUGGUCGACGUGGACGUGGACGUAGACGUGGACGUGGACGUGGACGUUGUCGUAGACGUGGACGUGGACGUGGACGUGGAUGUGGACGUGGACUUGAACGUGGACGUGGACGUGGACGUGGACGUGGCCGUGGACGUGGACGUGGCCGUGGACGUGGACGUGGACCUGGCCCUGGACGUGGACGUGGACGUGGACGUGGACCUGGCCCUGGACGUGGACGUGGUCGUGUACGUGGACGUGGACGUGGACGUGGACGUGGAGGACGUGGUCGACGUGGACAUGGACGUUGACGUGGACGUGGAUAUGGACUUGGACGUGGACGUGGACGUGGACGUGGACGUCGACAUGGCCCUGGACGUGGACGUGGACGUGGUCGUGGACGUGGACAUGGACGUGGUCGUGGACGCAGACGUGGACGUGGACGUGGACGUGGACUUGGACGUGGACGUGGACGUGGACGUGGAGGACGUGGACGUGGACGUGGAGGACGUGGAUGUGGAGGACGUGGACGUGGUCAUGGACGUGGACAUGGUCGUAGACGUGGACGUGGACGUGGUCGUGGACGUGGACGUGGACGUGGACCUGGACCUGGUCGUGAACGUGGACGUGGAGGACGUGGACGUGGACGUGGAGGACGUGGACGUGGACGUGGAGGACGUGGACGUGGAGGACGUAGACGUGGACGUGGACCUGGACGUCGACGUGGACGUGGUCGUGGACGUGGACGUGGUCGUGGACGUGGACGUGGACGUGGACGUCGACGUUGACGUAGACGUGGUCGUGGACGUGGACGUGGACGUGGACUUGGACGUGGACGUGGACGUGGACGUGGACGUGGCCGUGGACGUGGACGUGGACGUGGACGUGGUCGUGGACGCGGACGUGGACGUAGACGUGGACUUGGACGUGGACGUGGACGUGGACGUGGCCGUGGACGUGGACGUGGACGUGGACGUGGCCCUGGACGUGGACGUGGACGUGGACGUAGACCUUGACAUGGACGUGGACGAGGACGUGGACGUAGACGUGGACGUGGACGUGGGCGUGGGCGUGGUCGUGGUCGUGGUCGUGGUCGUGGACGUGGACGUGGACGUAGACAUGGUCGUAGACGUGGACGUAGACGUAGACAUGGUCGUAGACGUAGACGUAGACGUGGACGUAGACGUAGACGUGGACGUGGACGUGGGCGUGGUCGUGGUCGUGGACGUGGACGUGGACGUGGAGGACGUUGACGUGGACGUGGAGGACGUGGAGGAGUACGUAGACGUGGUCGUGGACGUGGACGUGGACGUGGUCGUGGACGUGGACGUGGACAUGGACGUGGACGUGGACGUAGACGUGGACGUGGACGUGGACGUUGUCGUAGACGUGGACGUGGACGUGGACGUGGAUGUGGACGUGGACUUGAACGUGGACGUGGACGUGGACGUGGACGUGGCCGUGGACGUGGACGUGGCCGUGGACGUGGACGUGGACCUGGCCCUGGACGUGGACGUGGACGUGGACGUGGACCUGGCCCUGGACGUGGACGUGGUUGUGGACGUGGACGUGGACGUGGACGUGGACGUGGAGGACGUGGUCGUGGACGUGGACGUGGACGUGGAGGACGUGGACGUGGACGUGGACGUGGUCGUGGACGUGGACGUGGACGUGGACGUGGACGUGGACGUGGUCGUGGACGUGGACGUGGACGUGGACGUGGACGUGGACGUGGACGUGGUCGUGGACGUGGACGUGGACGUGGACAUGGUCGACGUGGACGUGGACGUAGACGUGGACGUGGACGUGGACGUGGAGGUGGACGUGGUCGUGGACGUGGACGUGGACGUGGACGUGGACGUGGACGUGGACCUGGACGUGGAGGACGUGGACGUGGAGGACGUGGACGUGGACGUAGACGUGGACGUGGACGUGGACGCGGUCGUGGACGUGGACGUGGACGUGGACGAGGACGUGGACGUGGUCGUGGACGUGGACGAGGACGUGGUCGUGGUCGUGGACGUGGACGUGGACGUGGUCCUGGACGUGGACGUGGACGUGGACGUGGUCCUGGACGUGGACGUGGACGUGGACGUGGACGUGGACGUGGACAUGGACGUGGACAUGGAGGACGUGGACGUGGACGUGGCGGACGUGGACGUUGACGUGGACGUGGACGUGGACGUGGACGUUGUCGUAGACGUGGAGGUGGACGUGGACGUGGAUGUGGACGUGGACUUGAACGUGGACGUGGACGUGGACGUGGACGUGGCCGUGGACGUGGACGUGGCCGUGGACGUGGACGUGGACCUGGCCCUGGACGUGGACGUGGAUGUGGACGUGGACGUAGACGUGGACGUGGACGUGGACGUGGUCGUGGACGUGGACGUGGACGUGGACGUGGAGGACGUGGACGUGGACGUGGACGUGGUCGUGGACGUGGACGUGGACGUUGACGUGGACGUGGUCGUGGACGUGGACGUGGUCGUGAACGCAGACGUGGACGUGGACGUGGACGUGGACUUGGACGUGGACGUGGACGUGGACGUGGAGGACGUGGACGUGGACGUGGACGUGGACGUGGUCGUGGACGUGGACGUGGACGUGGUCAUGGACGUGGACGUGGACGUGGUCGUAGACGUGGACGUGGGCGUGGACGUGGACGUGGACGUGGACCUGGACGUGGACGUGGACGUGGACGUGGGCGUGGUCGUGGUCGUGGACGUGGACGUGGACGUGGAGGACGUUGACGUGGACGUGGAGGAUGUGGACGAGUACGUAGACGUGGUCGUGGACGUGGACGUGGACGUGGUCGUGGACGUGGACGAGGACGUGGACAGGGACGUGGACGUGGACGUGGACGUGGACGUGGACGUGGACUUGGACGUGGACGUGGACGUGGACGUGGACGUGGCCGUGGACGUGGACGUGGACGUGGUCGUGGACAUGGACGUGGACGUGGACGUGGACGUGGACGUGGUCGUGGACGUGGACGUGGACGUGGUCGUGGACGUGGACGUGGACGUGGACGUGGACGUGGCCGUGGACGUGGACGUGGUCGUGGACGUGGACGUGGACGUGGACGUGGACGUGGACGUGGACGUGGACGUGGACGUGGACGUGGUCGUGGACGUGGACGUGGACGUGGACGUGGACGUGGACGUGGUGGUGGACGGUGGACGUUGA